AUUACAGGUAAAAACCCUAAAGAGGCCCAAACUAAGAAGGCAGACGAUAAAGGGAAAGAGCAAGCUGAUCCCUGCAGAGGAGAAACAUGUUCGGCGCCGAGAGUUCGGUUUAAGACCGCGGACGAUGAUAUGGACGGAGUAAUUGAAGAUCCGGGGAUGGUUGCCGAUGAAGGUUCGGAGAACAACAACGUUGCAGCUCGGGUCCCUUCGUUUUAUAUUGGAAAACCGCUGGUGGAUUUUGAUGCAGGCAUUGGAAGGGUGUGUAGCACAUUUCCCCGUCCUGAUAACUAAUUUGCAGCAGGAAAGGUUGAAAUUGUUGUUCUUAAAAUUGCAAAAAAGCGUAUUCAUUAAUUUUCAUUUUGUUUGUUACAAAAACGUUCUAGGAAAAACCCGAUCUGCCGUGUUUUAGGCCGCUAAUUGCCUUUCUCAGCAAGUGCACCGGCAAAAUUCAUCGUCAUAACACCGAGUUUCGGGUUUUUACAGUUUAUGACUCUUUAGUAUGGUUGACCCAUUGCAAACUCAAAAGUGCAAUUAAUGGAAAAGUCGAAAACAAAAGGCAAAUUUCCUGUUUAAAAAUUUUGUCAUGCAGAAAAGACGGUCACAGCACAGGAUAUCGACAACACACUUCCAAGUUAAAACACUAGUUAAUAUACAUUUUUCUCAGUAUAACUGGCUCUAUGAGAGUAAGAGGUUCAGUAUGUUAUGUGAUUUACAAAAGUGCGAAAUGGGUUGAUCUCAUACCAUCUAUGACGUCAUUUUCUGUGACAAAUGUCAUUACAAAACUUGCCUUAGGAGAAAAAACCCUCUAAAAACAAAAUGUCUAGAAAUAAAAACAUUUAAGAAAAUUUUAAGAGAACUGUUGUCUCGUUGCACAUUGCAGAAUGUUGAGUGAGUUACGUAACGUAUCUACAAUGUAGUACCUAAAUGAAUUUAAUUUUCUUCUAGGUGCCUUGUAACCACACAUUCCUUGUGAUUCGACGCCAAGGAAAAUCACGCUCUGAUCACGUGUACAGAUUCAACAAGGCGCCUUCACUGGGUCUUUUGGAGCCUCUUAGCCCCAUCAGGCAGUUUGCGAUUAGUGUUGUCACUAAUAGGUAUCCUUUGAAAGUUCAGCAUGCUCUAUCAAAAUAACAUGAUCGAGUUGAACUGGUUUUAUCAUGCUUGCUACAACUUACAGUAUAGGGUUGCAGAGAGUACGCAAGCGGGAGAUAUUUGUUUGCGCCUCCCCUCAGAAAAUGGUAAGAACGAAAGAAAAGGAAAUACGAAGAUUACAAAAAGAUCAGUAAGAAUACAUUAAUAAACUACUAUUACUAUGACAACUACCAUAUUCUCUUAUGCAUCUAUCAAUGUAAACCCCGAUAGAAUUAUUUAUGUUCCCCGUUUCACAUAAUAUACACUUUUUAUUUACACCUUCGGAUUCCAAGAACACAGCCUUGUAACUUUAAAUCGUUAUCAUUACUUUUACGGCUCGUAAAUAAGUUAUGUCUAUGAUGGAAGUUUGAAAUUGUCAAACAAUUUCCUUUGCAACAGACGCCGUAUUUUACAGUGUAGACCAUACACACGAAUAAUUUUCGUAUGCGAUCGAACAUCGUUAAGAAUCAGCAACCAGCACUUUUUUUCUACCUCUUCUCGUAACAUUUGCCUUGAGCACGGAUGUUUGAGGUCUAGAGUAGCUUUACCUGCAGGUGGGAGCCCAUAAGUACAUAAUGUUCUUGUGAUGAAAUUUUAAAAUCUGAAAACAAAAAACCGCAGAUUUACAGCAUUCUCGUUUGGAAAAAUAUAUUUUUUACUACUAAGUGAUGAUGAUUGAUAUCAAGACAGUUUUUUGAAAUCGAACUAAAUUCAAUGUUAUUUUACUCAAUGAUGUAUGUUUUGGGGUGUCUAAAUUUAACGUAGCAUGGUUUGAGUUACCCAACUCAUAUUUCUAACUCGUAUCAUUUUUAAGACUGUUACUGCCCAUAAUUAGACGCAGUCAGCGAUAUUUAAAUCUAUUGUAUUUUAGAUGCUCAAGGAUAAUCUGCAGACAUCAUUAUAUAUUUAUUGGAGUUUUAAACACCUUUUACAUUGAUUGAAUUCAAUGUAUAUAGACUAUCAUAUAGACUGCAAUUAAUUCAUGGGAAACUAUAAUAUAUUACGUAAGAUUUAGGUGGCCAGUGAGCCUAAAAUCGGCCAUACAUCAAUGAGGCCUAACCUUCCUCAAUUAUCACUUCUGUCAGAUCACGGUCAAAGGGAUCUUUGAAGGUUUCAGCUGUAUCUCCUGUUCCUUUUGUUCUUUCAUUUAGCAAAGUAUACUAAGGAUUAUUUAUCUUUUAUCGCAGAAUGUAAUGUCUGUGCAGCAUCCGCCGUCACUUGGACUGAGCUGUGCUGUCCUCGUUAGCAGACAGUUUUUCUCACUUCUAGCCGACUUUUCUGAUUGUUUUUAAUAUAUAUCUCACAUGAAAAGGUUUGACGCAGCUUGAUUACUAUACACGGAAGUAGAACGCACAGAUAGGUUCUCACCUCCUCAAAACUACUCAACGAAACUUUGAGUUCUCUUAAUUUUCUUUUUUGCUCAUUCUUGGCUAUCCCUGGAUGUAAAAGAAAUUUUUUUCGCCGAUUUUAUUCUUCGUAGCUCAAACGCCAUAUCUGGUGAAAAAAAUCAAAUGUUAACAUAGGCUGCCAGUGCAGUUGAUCGCCAGACGAUUGACGGUUUUAUGUAAAAAUCAUCCAUAUCGUGGUGCUUGUUUCAUUCACAGAUCAGCUGCACAUAAAAACAAGCCAAAGCUCUGUACAGUAACAAGUCCAAAACCCAAAGUUAGAUCUAGACAGCCUUUUCCUGACCCGGAAUCAACGUUGGGCCAUAAAAUUAACAAUCGUUUUUUACCUUUGCUUUUAUUGUAAUUACAGGUAAAAACCCUAAAGAGGCCCAAACUAAGAAGGCAGACGAUAAAGGGAAAGAGCAAGCAGAUCCCUGCGGAGGAGAAACAUGUUCGGCGCCGAGAGUUCGGUUUAAGACGGCGGACGAUGAUAUGGACGGAGUAAUUGAAGAUCCGGGGAUGGUUGCCGAUGAAAAUUCGGAGAACAACAGCGUUGCAGCUCGGGUCCCUUCGUUUUAUAUUGGAAAACCGCUAGUGGAUUUUGAUGCAGGCAUUGGAAGGGUGUGUAGCACAUUUUCCCGUCCCGAUAACUAAUUUGCAGCAGGAAAGGAUGAAAUUGUUGUUCUAAAAAUUGCAAAAAAGCGUAUUCAUUAAUUUUCAUUUUGUUUGUUACAAAAACUUUCUAGGAAAAACCCGAUCUGCCGUGUUGUAGGCCGCUAAUUGCCUUUCUCAGCAAGUGCACCGGCAAAAUUCAUCGUCAUAACAUCGAGUUUCGGGUUUUUACAGUUUAUGACUCUUUAGUAUGGUUGACCCAUUACAAACUCAAAAGUGCAAUUAAUGGAAAAGUAAAAAACAAAAGGCAAAUUUCCUGUUUUAAAAUUCUGUAAUGCAGAAAAGACGGUCACAGCACAGGAUAUCGGGUACAGACUUCCAAGUUAAAACACCAGUUAAUAUACAUUUUUCUCAGUAUAAUUGGUUCCAUGAGAGUAAGAGGUUCAGUAUGUUAUGUUAUUUACAAAACUGCGAAAUGGGUUGAUCUCAUACCAUUUAUGACGUCAUAUUCUGUGACAAAUAUCAUUACAAAACUUGCCUUAGGAGAAAAAAGCCCUCUAAAAACAGAAUGUCUGGAAAUAAAAACAUUUAAGAAAAUUUUAAGAGAACUGCUGUCUCGUUGCACAUUGCAGAAUGUUGAGUGAGUUACGCAACGUAUCUACAAUGUAGUACCUAAAUGAAUUUAAUUUUCUUCUAGGUGCCUUGUAACCACACAUUCCUUGUGAUUCGUCGCCAAGGAAAAUCACACUCUGAUCACGUGUACAGAUUCAACAAGGCGCCUUCACUGGGUCUUUUGGAGCCUCUUAGCCCCAUCAGGCAGUUUGCGAUUAGUGUUGUCACUAAUAGGUAUCCUUUGAAAAGUUCAGCAUGCUCUAUCAAAUAACAUGAUCGAGUUGAACUGGUUUUAUCAUGCUUGCUACAACUUACAGUAUAAGGUUGCAGAGAGUACGCAAGGGUGAGAUAUUUGUUUGUGCCUCCCCUCAGAAAAUGGUAAGAACGAAAGAAAAGGAAAUACGAAGAUUACAAAAAGAUCAGGAAGAAAACAUUAAUAAACUACUAUUACUAUGACAACUACCAUAUUCUCUUAUGCAUCUAUCAAUGUAAACCCCGUGGGGGAGGGGGGGGGGGGGCGGGCAAGGGGUGGUGAUUUGACAAAUUUUAAAAUUUUUUGAUCAAAUUCCCCAGGGUGGGAAACGAAAGGUCAAUCAAAAGUGUCAAAAAAGCCCCCACCCCAGGGGAAAAAUCUAAACAAACAAUACUAUAAUACUAUAUAAAACGAAUGAAAGAACAUUUCAAAAGUACGUUCUUACUACUUUUAGUUAAGGUUAACAUAAGCUCCGUUAAAUUACUCGCUGUAAUUAAGUAUUUUUCUCUCUCCACUAGCAUCUCUUCUUUUAAACAACAUAAUCACUCCAGGAAGAUUGACCAUGCUAUUAUAUUAAUGAAACGUAAAAUGCUUUAUAACAUCGGCUCAACAUGUCGGAACAGGUCGGAUCAGUGACCUGUAAAAAAUCCUCUGACUUUCAUGUUAGAAUUCGAUUUCAAUCGAGGUUUACAAUCAGAUGGGAACUUGAAGAUAAAAACUUUCUCAAAAUAGACAUUAUCUGUUUAGAUGACAGUGUACAUGUAAAGUAUCGGAUUAUGGCGAUUAAAACAAAUGUAAACUCCAUAACUUUCUCCAACAGCGUGACUUUCAGAAAGCCUCGAGGGACGGACUUGGUUACCGCUUCUGAAUUGAUACCAGGCUUCUAUAGGUCAAAGUCAAAUGUCCCGACCCCGGGGUCGCUUCGCACGUUUUAAAGCCCGACAGGGGGAUAGUCUCAGGCAUCAAAUCCCCGCCCCUUUCCCGCACUCCCCCCCGCCCCCACGGGAUUUACAUUGAUAGGUGCAUUAUUCCAAAACUGAUUCAAAAAGUCCCUAAAUCUACUGUUUCUAUAAGGUGCACACCGCCAUUUAUAUCAGAGAUUAACUAGACCCGGUUUGGUUUUGAAGGGGAAAUCUUAUCUUAGACCCCAUUUAGUUGACCGAGCAUAAUUCCACAAGCGAUCGACAAAGUUUCUCUUGGACUAAACAGAAGAAAUUAAGGAACAGAAUCAAGAAAAAUAAAUAAAUUAAAGAGAUUAGAGAGUCAAUGAAUCCUUCCUUGACUGCAAUUUGAGAUAUUUCGAGUCAUUUGUUAUUCUUACCAUUCUGGCUAACUGCGUGUUUCUCGUGGUUGAAAGCGCACCGGAGGAAGCCGAGUAAGUGAACUAAACUAACAACAGAAAACCAAUGAAAGGAAUAAUGCUCGCUUUUAUCGCGUUCACCACCAGUUCGUCGGUAGCUUAAACUUACCGCUAGUCUAGGACGGCAUGGACUCGGGUCUGUCUCAGAUUUUUCCUUUCUGACUUUCGUGACAUUACAAGAUUAGUACCUUUCUUAUUAACGUAACAUUUCCUCUUUUAUCUAUCACUACAAAGGGUUUAUUCCACGUUGCUGACCCUUUUUAAAGGAUCAGUAAAUUCUAUCUAUCUUAAUGGAUUAUUGGGGUUGGAAAGGGCCGAAAGAUCAUAUGAUGUGCCUAUGUUAUGUCUGGUCCAACCACGCAGGGUUUCACAACCUUUUCAGGUUCCUAACAAGGUUUUUGGGUGAUCCUGAAGGAUCACAGAUACAGACUAUGAAGCAAUUGGUAGGCUGAUGAAACAUUCUUCUUUCAGAUACUUUUUCUCUGGAAUAUACACUACGGAGAUGAUUCUCAAGAUUUUGUCUCGCGGGUUUAUUUUUCAUACAUACGCCUACCUCAGAGAUGCCUGGAAUUGGCUGGAUUUCAUAGUAGUAGUAUUGGGGUAAGUUAGGUCUUUGUAACAGAGAGUAAAUCUCCACAGUUUGCACUUUUUUAGUGUUUAAAAACUUGAAACGAGGGACUAGAGGUUUAUUGAUGCCUUUGAAACUCGCAGCGACUUUUCUCUUUUAAAAUGGUGAGGUUUUUCUUCCUCCAGAUAUAUCACAGUGGCACCUAAUAUCGCCAACUUAACGGGAAUCAGAACUAUCCGCGUGUUUCGAGCUCUUAGAACAUUUUCCGCCUUAAAAGGUAAGUCCACUGCAGUCGUGAAUUAAGUAACCUCUGUUAGUUUUCGGAGAUCGAGAAGGAAUCUUACACCCUUUUUCUUUAUGACACCGCGUUUGGCAUCCUUUGCAAUCUACAACAAAACAAAAAACUCCGAAAAACACAAGUCUCCAAUUUGAACUGCUUCUUAACUGCAAUCCAAACUGUGUACAAUCCGUACCCUUUACAGAGGUAUAGCGAAACAACAUUAAAUAAGCCCUUAGAAAACCCCUAAAUGUUUGAUGCUUUUUAAGGAAAUAAAACCGAUUGUAUAUCUUCUACGAUUGUGUAUGCAAACACUUUUUCCAUGCUAAUAAUUGCCAAAUUACUUUGUCAUUGAAGGUCUCCGUGCGAUGGUAAAUACGUUACUCCGAUCUCUGAAGCUACUGAGCGAUGUCUUGGUUUUGUUUUUCUUCUUUCUCGGUGUCAUGGCGCUUAUAGGACUGCAGCUGUUUUCUGGAGAACUGAGGAACAAGUGCGUCCUCAGCAUUCCAUUUGAUAAUAAUUCUUUGAGCCUACAGGAGCGGAUUCUUAACGAAAGUAAGGCAUUAAUAGCAAGUUAGUUAUUAAUAACUAUUAACAUAAUAUCAUUGUUAUUUUACCAUCGUCUUCGUCAACCUUUAACUUCGAUAACUGAAAAUUCUAACUGGGUUUUUCAUCAACGUGCUCUUACUUUGGCAAUUUUUAUCGUCAAUAAAGAAUCCUUACAUGUGACACAUAUAAGUUGAGGGAUAAGCCAUGAGAUUAUUCACAGAACACGGCAAAGAAGGCUGGGUAGCGGCCGAUUUGCUAAAAGAAAAGCUCAGUAUGCCUUGUUUGCCUUUCUCUCGACCUCUAUGUUAAUAAAAGCCAUCAUCUAAAAUCUUAAGAUCACUGAGGCAAGAAAAAGUAAUUCAUUUUCAGGUUUUUGGUUUACUUAUGAUGGCGAACCUUUGAUCUGCGGGAACAGCUCCACCGCUGGGUGAGUAUUAGAUAUCAAAAAUUUUCAAAGAGUUAUUUCCAAAAACAAAACCCCAGUUGCAAAACACUCAUUGGCCGAUAAAUGAAAAAUUAUUCUUUAAAUAAGCUUGAAAUUGACACUUGUCCAGUAGACCUUUCGAUUCCACGUUUUUUUUUUCAACUUUUAACAUGGGCAAGUUUGGGAAAAUCCGUCAACUCCGCAGGAAAUAGCGUCUUUAAAUUAGUUGCGAAAUUUUGCAAACGUCUGUAUGAUGGGGACACGAACCGGUCCUACCAUACAAACGCCUAUAAAUUUUCGCAACUUUGUGGAACUAUAUCUUGCUCGCUCAAAACGUAUCAUUUUCAACCUUGGCAAUUUUACUAAUUUUAAGGCGUUCUUUCCAGUGUUGUCGACCAGGGGCGGAUACAGGAUUUUUCUUAGGAGUGGGUGCACCACUAAAGAACUACCAUUUUUACUGCGUUUAACAUGAAUUCUCUAACCUCGUCUCAUGUUUUACUUCAACACCAAUAAAACACAAAGUUUUGUUUUUGCAGAAUACCAGUUGUAUUAGAAAGCCGCAGGUCAUCUCAGGGGAGGGGGUGCGCACUCCCCACACCCUCCCCCCAGAUCCGCUUUUGUCGAUGGAUUUUCUCUAACUUGUCAAUGUCAAAAGUUGAAAAACCGUGGAAAGGUCUAUUCAGAUAGUUUAAAUAUUUUGCAUCUUAUGUAGGUCUUGUCCAUCCAACUACUCUUGUAUGGCUCAUGCAGGGCCAAACCCUGAUCAUGGCUACACAUCGUUUGAUAAUAUUGGUUGGUCACUACUUAUGGCCCUACAGAUACUAACAAUGGAUUAUUGGGAAAACCUGUACGAGAAGGUAAUCGAAUCCAUCUAUAUAUAAAAGCUCCACAGUAAAACUGAAGUGGAUAAAAUGUUUAAAAAAUGGCUUCGCGCCCUUUGCUCUCAUUUUGACCUUGCACAGACCACAUGUCUAUUUAAUUUGGUAACGUUACUAAAUGUUUUGAACUCUUUGAAAUUUUCAAGGGACUUUUUUUUUGCAGAAUUUAGUGAAAUCACAUCUUGUCUGAAACAAUCACUCUCCCCUUUAGGGUAAGCAGUGACAGGUUACAGCUUAUAAAGGGCAGCGGUAUUUGUAUGCGGCCUUAAUCGUUUGCCACAUUUCCAUCAAAAUAUUUAGUAAUACUUUUAGUUUUUCUAUGUUUAAGGUGUUACCGCUCUUACUACAUUUCUUGGAGGUCAGAAAAACCUUAAUUAGACCUGGCACCUUUUCCAAGCAACCAACGCUGCCUCUUCACAGUUCUCAUUAUUUAGAAACCUUAACCUUAGUUUCUGUUGUUCUCUCAGAUCAUCAGGUCAACGGGUGCAGUUUAUGUGGCUUACUUCAUUAUUGGGAUAUUCUUCUGCUCUUUUUACCUAAUGAACUUGGUACUGGCGGUGGUGUAUUUAUCAUAUGAACAGGAGCUGUGUUCCGACGAGAGAGAGGUAAUAAAUAUACUGAACAAAUUAGUAAGUUUCACAACCGCGAAAUGGUUAGUGGUUGGUAAGAGAUAAUGAAACAAAAGUAGGAUGCUUCAUCGACUGGAUUGACGAUACAGUUGCUCCUUAAAAAUAUAGCCUAUGAAGACAUUGGAUGUAAUUACUUGUGAGGAUUUGUUCAUUACAUCCAAACAGGAGCACGGUUUUACUUGAAAUAAAUGAAAUACUCGAAUUCCUGGUAUGAAUCGCAGCUAUAGCUUGCGCCGAUGUGUGCUUCGUUCGUUAACAGUCAAAAGAAACGACAGGCGAAAACGCGCGACGAAAGAACUUUUGAAAGCCUUGCAUGGGCAAGAGCCAUAGGUGUAGUUUCGAUAUUUGUUGAAGUCCCUUACCAUCUGGUUUUCUCUUUAAACUAUUAGAGAGAAAAGAGAAACCUCCUGCGACAAACUGGUCCUUCGUACCCGGCCGACAAGGAAACGUUAAGACGUCUCGUUCGUUUGGAUGGAAGCUCUCCUCCAGCAGCAAAGGAAGAACUAAUCGAUAAAGCUCACGGAGCAAAAGGCAAAGAAAAUGAAGGGCAUCAGUGCCUAUUGCCAGUUUGUGCACUUAGAGAGAGAACGGGGGUGAAUGAUGUGCAGUGCAAUGUUCUUAUGCGUAUACGCAACUUUUUACAAAAGGUGCGACAGUGGAUGUACGAUAUCACCUCUCAUUCCACUUUUGAUGUUAUAAUUGUCAUUCUUAUACUCUUAAACACUAUUGUACUGGCGUUGUAUCACCAUGGUAUUGGACCAGAGUUUCGGCACGUCUUGGACUCUAUCAAUCUAGUAAGUGUCAUCAUGACAUGUUUUGUUCUUUGCCAUUGAUUCUCUUUUGUUUCGGGACAGACGAGUUUCCUUACAUACAAAAGUGUUUGAGUAUCUUAGAGUGUCACCUUAACAGAAAUAAUUCUCGGAAAUACUUUUAAACUGAUGAACACCUAUCUAAUAUACGAGCCUUUAAGUUAGGAAGGUUCUUCUUGAAAUGUCGGCAGAUCUAACCCGCUGGUCGUAGUUCAAUGCCCACCGGCGUCAAAGAGUUCUUUUUUUCCUUGUGUGUACGUAAUUCACUUUACUAAGACACUCGGUGCGAUUUAUGGGAUAUUUCAAAUAAGUCAAUUGUUCAGUCAUAUACGUCACAGUCGUAAAAAGCACAAUACAGCAUAAUAUAGCCUAAUGAUAAGCAUUUGGCAAAUAACUAUGAUGAUUAGGAUUUAAAGAUUGACAUUAACAUUUACUGGCUCUUCCUAUCAUUGCGGAACAAUAUCAAAAAACUCCUUGCCUUAUAUAACACAGGAUAACAGCCCCAAAGAAGUCGAGUUUUAUUAUAUCUCUUUUUAUUUUAUCACGCAGGUCUUUACAGUGUUAUUUGCGACGGAGAUUGUGUUCCGAUUGGUUGCAGUCGGACCGAAGGCGUUUAUCCGCAGUCGAUGGAACGUAUUUGACACGACAGUUGUAUCAGGAAGCUUGCUAGGUUACUUUUACAAGUCUGCCGAGGGACUCAGCAUCUUUAGAACGUUAAGAUUGGUAGGCGGUCAAAUAAAUCUCUCUCUUGAGUUCGACUUCGAGCCUUUUUCUAUAAGCAUGUUUCUUUUUCGUUUUUAUAUGAUUACGAAGGUUGAAUCAGGAUCGGUAUUAGUAUCAUUCUUCAUCGAGAUACAUUGUGGAAUUUGUCUACAUUCUUUAAGGUUACUCCAAGUUGAAACUCAUAAGAGAGCUUUGGAAUCACGUUUACGGAAUAUGACAUGGCAAGUUUUAAUUCAGGAAUUUCUCAAAUUAAGAGAUGGUAAAACACAGACCAAAAUAAUUUAUGUGGAUGAAGCUAACAUGAAACAGUGAUAAAAAGUAAAGAGGAAACAUGGUCAUGGGGCACAAUUUGACUUUUGCCGUUUGCCGUGAAUGGUAUACGGGAUUCUAAAUCUCUCUACCAUAAUGGUAGGAAAUCGUUUGCCUGAGACAAAAGCGAUUCAAAUUGUACAUAUAUGUUAUUUGCCGACUUGCCUUGUAGGUGCGAGUUCUUUGUUUGGCUAAGUCGUGGAAGACGAUGGAGAGAUUGAUGAGAGCCAUUGCUAGAAGCGUUGAGCCUGUGGGUAAUAUCACGCUUAUCCUUGGUGUGGUUAUUUACAUAUUUGCUGUGCUGGGAAUAAAGGUAUUCGGUAAAUCUUACACACCAGAUAAGUUUGGUGAAGAUGGAGUACCACGCUGGAAUUUCAACGACUUUUGGCACGCUUGUAUGAUGGUUUUCAGAGUGCUCUGUGGGGAAUGGAUCGAGCCGCUCUGGGAUUGCAUGAGAGCGACAAGUGCAGCUAAGGCAACGAUGUUUUUCCUUACGGUUCUCGUUGUUGGAAAUUUUAUCGUGAGUUGAAACAAAUUUUUUCUUACCCUGUACUGUUAACGUUGCCAGUCUUUUCUUUGCAUAUUCAUUUGCAUCUUUCCAAUUUUCUGUGCUUUAUCCCUAAGUUUUUUAUGGAUUAAAGUGCAUGCGUACAAUUGUACAGCAAGAGUGACGUAACUGACGAAUUACUCUAUGCAUAGAAUAAAUGAUGAAUUUACAGCAGAAGCAACAAUUAUCAAGUUGUUGAAAAAGAAAUAAAAAACUAUUGAACGAUUGUAAGGUCGACGUAUGUGCAGGAGAACAGCUUCACCUUUGAUCUUUUUGUUGUUGUAUUUGUUUGAUGUUUUCCAGGUACUCAACCUGUUUGUUGCGCUUCUGGUAAACGCAUUUGACUUUAGGGAAACGGAUGCAAAUGCAGAUGCUGACACACUUUCAAUAGAGAGACAAUCCAGAUGCGACAUUAAACAGGCAUUCAGAACACGGAAAUCUCGCCUUUUUGUAGCGAAGUACCGCGAGCCUUUUCGCCUUUACGAGCUUCAGGUUUUAGAGAGCAGCCGUUGCUCAGACGAAAACACCGGGGGCUCACUGGCAAUAUGCGACCCCGAGCACCAUGAUGAAGAAUCCGAUGACGUUGCUUGUAAAAGUGAGGAGAAAAAUACUUUAUAUAGAUCACUUUGUAACUUUCAUACUGUUGCACUGUUACUGGUUAGGAAAUCUGGUGCCACAUUCUUGCCAAUCAACUUAACCUGGCUCCUUUAUCCAUUUGCAGUCAACUCCGAUUAGAGCGGACACUAUUGGGACCUCGAGUUAGUGUCCUUAUUAGCGAGAGUCCGUCAUAACGGCAGUCAGUCGUCUGCAAUUUAUUUUUGCCUGGGAUUUAGCUGCUGUCCGUAUUAUCGGAGUGUCCGUUGUUAUAGCGGGGUGGCCGCAAGUCGGUCGUGAACCCUACUUUUCAUUUAUGGGUGCCCAAUUAAAGUAUAUGCCCUUGCUGAUAUUCUUUUUAAAAAAGCGUAGGGGAAAACCGUUCCAUCAUAUUUCAUUUCAUUCCCUUUCAGGGAGAGACUUUGAUGAAAAAGACUCAAAUACAUCAAGAGAUACUGUGCGGAUGCCCGAAAAUAACUCGGAUUAUUCGCCCAGUGGCACACUGACCAUGGGAUGUAAAAUUGAACCUGAGGAUCGAGAUAUUCCUGAAAAUGGCGCAAAUUUGUCGAAACCGUUACCCACUCGAUAUAUGAUGGAGAUCGACGACUGCCUGCCGGAACGCUGCGUAAACGUUGAUUGUCCAUUCUGGAAACCACUUUCAAAGCGUCAUUUUUGCUGGCUCAAGUUCCGAUGCAGAGUGAGAGUUUUCGUGGAAAAAAAGUACUUUGAAUGGUUUAUCCUUGCCACAGUGUUCAUGAGCAGUUUUACUCUGGUAUGUUCGGUUUGUUGACCGUUACCACUGCUGAAAGAUUUGUAAGAGACCUUAAUCAAAAUUUAUAAUUCAUCUUAGUUGCUAAAAAAUAUAUAUCUACGUGUCGCAACUGUUCAUCAGUAGGAUGCCUAAAAUGCGUGCAAUUCCACAAUUGGUUUCGGCUCCAUUAAAUCCUAUAAUACUAUACUAUACUGUCCUUAAGGUAUUAAGAGCUUAACUCAACAACUUUUUAAUGACAAUUAUUUACUUAUUCUUGGAAAAACUUAUUGUGCAACUUCAUUCCAAAACUGUUUCCUUUUUUGCAGGUUUUUGAAGACGUCCAUCUACACGAGAAACCAAAGCUCGCCAAAACUUUGGAAAUUCUCAACUUCGUGUUCGCGGCCAUUUUUACCCUGGAGUUUAUACUGAAAGUAAUUGGCUUUGGACUUAUUAAGUACUUCUCCUCAGCUUGGAACUGUCUGGACACUUUUAUUGUUUCGGUAAGUUGAUUUGAAGGAAAUACGAAAUCGAUGUUCUUAGGAUUGUUUAAGCCGAGUAUCUUAUCUUUUUAUACAUCUUUUUCGUAGAUCUCAAUUGCAUGCGUUUUUGAAAACAAGAACCUGGCUGUCUUUCGUUCCCUGCGUACGCUCCGCGCACUAAGACCUCUGAGGGCCAUCUCAAGACUGGAGGGCAUGAGGGUAAAUAAGAGAUUCUGAGCGUUUUUUCUCAGUUAGAAAUAUUUAAUAAAGAGAAUGUUACGGGAAAGUGUUUCACAUGCCCCAUUGAUAUACAAGACGACCCUUCUUUGGAUGUCUUAAUACGAAAUAACAGAGUAAGGUAUAGGAAUUGGUGCCAUAAGCCUGCGAAGAUGAGCGUUUUAGAGCAAGGUUGCUAUAAUUGUUUUCACUAUGUAUGUCUGCUGGUUGUUAGUCUGUUUAAGUAAGAAGUAAAGAAAAACACUCUGCCAAACGUUCGAGAGAGGGUAUUUGGUAGGAUACAGUAAUAUUAGAAUGUAACAAGCGAGGGAAAUUUCAAUUCACUUCGACUUACUUCGGGAUGAAACAUUUACGGCUUGCGGUCUUUUGCACGCAGUUACUAGUGUUUUGAUAGCCUAAGCAGUAAUACAACAAGCCGCAAAAAAAGCCCAUUUUUAAUCUGAAGAGUAAGUAUAGUACCUCAAGCAUGUGCCUUAGUAUAAAAAGGGGCACUGGUCUCCUUAAUUCCCAAGGUACACCUGGGCACCCCUUCUGAGUUCAAAUUACCAAAAUAUUAAUAAGCCAUUGGCUAGUACUAUAAGAAGUGAAUCUACCAAUCAUUAUUCAAUUUGUUUCAGGUGGUAGUUAACUCACUCUUUGCUGCUAUUCCUGGCAUUGGAAAUGUCCUGUUAGUUUCACUGCUCUUUUGGCUGAUAUUUAGUAUCCUUGGUGUUCAUCUCUUUUCUGGAAAGUUUUACAAGUGUGUGGACCAAGACAAUGAAAUAUUACCCUUCAGCGUGGUCGCCAACAAAGAGGAGUGCCUCAGUCAUCCUGACGGAUAUCGUUGGGUAAACUCCAAAGUGACAUUUGAUAACGUGUUCACAGGCUUUCUCGCACUUAUGCAGGUGGUGAGUUAAUUUUCUAUAUUUCUCGGUAAUUUUCCUCGAUAAUACAACCUAAACAACCUAGGAGCAUGUAAGGCGAAGCAAAGUAGUAUAGUAGGGACCAAAGUACCCUCUUUUUUGCUGUGGAAUCUAAUUAACUUGGGGUGGAAUACAUUUCAGGCGACUUUUGAGGGCUGGAUGGAAGUAAUGAAGGACGCAGUCGACUCUACUGAGGUAUGUAUAUUGCAGAAAUCAACAUUCGCGCGAAAGAAACUUGCAUAUUCAUCAUUUUCUGUGCUAAAAAUUCUGUGGGCAUGUUAAUAGUUGUUUGUUAAUAACAAUAAUAUAUUAUUCCUAACCCCUUAUGGGGCUUUUCAGGGAUAAUGAAACAAAUAAUUUAAAUGAAACAUAACAUGGUUAAAUAUCCCAACUGGUAGGAGGCGAAUCAGUUUGAAGUUUUACAAACGUGGCCGAGGAUUUGGACACUGUACCACCGAGAACAAAUCCAGCUAACAGUCAGGGCGGGACUCGAAUUCGGGGCCUCCGAAUUACCAGUCCAGCGCUCUAACCGCUCAGUCACGCUACCUCCGUUAAAAUGUCGUUAUGUUAUGAUAGAUGUGCGUAAAGACACAAUACGAACCUCAGUUUAUGAUUCAUAUUCCCAGUCGCGAAAUUUUGCAAACCAGACUAAACAUUAACUUUAACGUUUUCUUUCAAGAAAACGCUUCCAACCUUGACGGCAAUUAUUUGCCUUUUUAAGCAGAAAGGUUUGGUUCAUCUCUUGCCCACACUAGAUCUAUUGGAAUAAUUCCUGGGGAAAACUAAAUUGUCUGUUAUGUGUUUCAGGUUGAUAUGCAGCCCAAGCAUGAGAACAGAUUAGUGUCGUACUGCUUCUUCGUUGCCUUCAUUGUUGUAGGAUCAUUCUUUGUGUUGAACCUCUUUGUUGGAGUGAUUAUCGAUAACUUUAAUACCCUGAAAAAGAAGGUAAGGUACCUCAAAGUCUUCAAGUCAGUAGACAGGCAGAUUAAAUUAAUAGACUUCUGUAAUAACUGGAAAAUCCCCCAAGCACAGGGGAAAAUCUACCCAAAAACUGUUAAAAUACUUCAGGAUUCAACCCAAAAAAUUCUUCUGUACAGGCCUGUCCCAUUCAUUUGCAUUUCGCGCAAACAUAAGCUUCCCUCUUGGUUCUUCUGUAUUAUCUCCCUGACCAAAAGCAGCAAUAACUAGUUGCAUGAGUCAAGGCCUGGGAAUUCAUCGAAAGUGAAAAUUGAACAUCGCCAUAUGGUUGUUGUACGAUGCUAAUGUCAUCUACAUUUUCUUAUACAAAGCAAGGUGGGCUCCCUGUGGAUGAGUUAGAAGAUUGAUGGGUCAUCAGAACUUUUAACUGUAGAUGCUCCAUGCAAUAGUUGCCUUCAAAGUACUGCAGUAAAUGUACCCCAUACUGUAAUCAACGUCAAAACAAUCUUUCGAUUUUCUAUCGUAGUAUGAGGAACUCAACAGCAUGGGAAUGCUACUGACCGAUAAACAGAGGAAAUGGGUCAAUUUUCUCAAGGAAGCUGCCAAAAAGAAACCCCCUAAUCGACAGAUUCGACCACAGGUAUGUAGUCUUACCACCUCUCGAAAUGUUCUCUCUCUCAGUUUUACUUUCGGUGGCGACCAGAGGUGAGACUGACUGGUACGUAUAGUCUAGAUGUUCCCUUGGUCGACGUGGAGAAAAAUUUUUAAGUAAAAAGCAAAACGUCUUCGCAAGGAACAGACAAAUAUUGGCACAACACAGAACAUGUGAACACUUUUCAGCAAAUGACAAUCGAGACUGUAUCCUUAGAUCAGAAAUUGUAGCUUUAUAACAAUCCUUGAUAACCUAGUCGGUGGAGGCUUCUUUAUGUUGAAGACAGGUCAUAAUUUAUCAUUUGGUUUAUUCUCAUAAUACAUAUGCUUGAUUAUGCAGAAACAUUGGAUGCUAAUCACCGUGUGAACUUUGAUGGUUGAUUUUCUUGCUUUUAGGGACGAUGGUGCGGUUUGUUAUACGACGUGGUUUCAGGAGAUAAAUUUGAGGUGGUUAUUCUUACAGUAAUCAUGUGCAACAUGGUAAUGAUGACCAUACAACACUAUGGACAAUCAUCCCAAGUUUCAGACGUCCUUCAUAUCCUUUUUAUAAAAUGUCAACCUCGUUCUCUCCGACCCGGUUCUCUCCUACCCGUCCUUACGGAACGGGAGAGAGACGGGUAGGAGAGAGAACCUGGGAACGAGGUUUAUAAAAUGUCAGUGUCGGUCGUCUUCUCUCCUCAUCCUUAAGAUUAACCUUAAGAUAAAUUAGGUUAAUGCAAGUUCAUAUGUGGCUUAUUUCCCUUGACUGCUGUUUACGCCUGUCCAAUUUUAUUUUCACUGGGAUAUUUGUGUUAGAAGCUGUAGUCAAGGUUAUUGCACUGAGGACACAUUACUUCAAGAAGGCCUGGAACGUAUUCGACUUUAUCAUUGUUAUCAGUUCUCUUGUGGGUAUGGAAUUUAAAACUAAUUUAUGCCACCCUUUUGGACACAAAAUUUAAGUCAGUGUAUUUGGCAAUAAAAUGACAAACAUUGUCCCUUGCAUUCGAAAACACGUAAAUAGUAAUUUUGAAGAAAAGUCAAGUUGAUAAUUAUAAAAGCUUGAAAUUCAGGUACAGUUGUAUGGUAUACUAUUUUUGUUUUCCCAAGGAAUGAUAAUAUAAGCGUGCAUGGGGAGCAAAGGUAGAGAAGUGGUGAAAGCGCUGGGGCCGGCGUUGAAAUCCCGGCGUUGACGCAAUGUGCGGGUUGAGUUUGUUUCUGGUUCUCUCCCUUUCUCCAAGAGGUUUUUCGCCGGGUACUCCGAUUUCUCCGUUGAGGAGAGUUUCAAAGGCACUUUUAAAUAGGCCCUUUGCAGCUAGCCAUUCACGUAGUACAGAACAACCAUCUUGGAGAGCAAAAGUCGCACUGGGACAAAACAAAUAAAAGCCAUACAUAAUUUUAAAUGGUAAUUUCCUUUGCUUGUCUUAUCCCAGUGCGAAUUGUAUCUCUCCAGCAUGGUGGUUUUUUACCACGUGAAUGGCUUGCUGCAAAGGGCCUAUUCCAAUUCCAACUGGAACGCAGAUGUGUUCUUAAGAACUCCUAAGUGCUUCGUAGGUAAACAAAUUAAUUUUUUGGAUUUAAUUUGACAGAUGUGAUGCUUGAUCAGUUUGAUGCCAAUCAAGGUGUAGUUAGCCCUAGUCUCCUCCGUGUCCUACGAAUCUUUAGAAUCGCCAGACUGCUCAGGCUAGUGGAAUUCGCCAAGGGUAUUCGUCAACUGUUGUGGGCUCUCAUGAUAUCGCUACCAGCACUAUUCAACAUAGGCACUCUACUCUUCAUGGUCAUGUUUAUCUACGCCAUCAUAGGCAUGUCGGCGUUUGGUCACGUGAAACGCGCAGGUGAGUUAAAUGACACUGUAAACUUCGAGACCUUUUUUUCUUCACUGCUGUUGCUGUUUCGUCUGGCUACUGGCUCUGGAUGGAAUGACAUCAUGGAAGCCUUGUUACUGGAACCACCAGACUGUGAUCCCAGCUACCUCAAUCUUCCCCAUGGUAACUGUGGCUCGUUUGGUGCUGUGGUUUACUUGGCUAGCUACAUCAUAGUAGUGUUUCUUGUCAUUGUAAACAUGUACGUUGCCAUCAUUCUGGAAAACGUAAAUCGUGCUCACGAGAUCGAGGAUUUCUGUAUCACUAAAGAAAAUUUUGACAGCUAUUACGUAUCAUGGGGAGCCUUUGUUCUCGAUGGAAAGCAGUACCUUCCAGUGGCUCAACUUUCGGAAUUCGUGGCUUCCUUGGAUAAACCGUUUAUAAUUCCCAAACCAAACUCUGAAAUCUUGAGGGAUAUGGACAUUCCGGUGCGAUCAGGCGACGUAAUAUAUUGCUUCGAUCUGCUGAAAGCUCUGGUUCGGCGUGUUCUGGAAGAGCACGGUGAAUCAGUAGAGGUGUUCAAGGAAAUUACCGUGAGAAUGGAGGCUAGCUUCAACAAGUCUUUCAUAACCCAGAAGAGGAUUUCCUCAAUAAAUGGGUCUACUAAGACUAAAAUGCUUGAAGAGGUGUCCGAGACAAUAACCUGA